AUGCACUCGUCGCUUGUUGGUCUACGCAUCGGCCAGACAGACGAUCUGAAAACAGCCUACACCGAUGCUGUCUCCAUGGGCUAUGCAUUUGUAGGAGCAGAUCUGUUUCAGAAUUCCGACGAACCCAAACUGACUGACGAAAAAAUUGCGGCUAUUUUGCCAGCCCUACGCUCAGAUCAGGUUAACACCGAAACUGGUGACUCCAUUGCCGGCAACUUUGUUGGUUAUGUGUCUUCGUGGAUCGACUGUGACGCAUCGGAUGCUGCCUUGCGCACAGCUUCGGAAAAAUGUCUUCUGAAAGAGUUGAAUUGGGCUGCUCACCUCGCCAUGCGCGUCGUGUGCAUAUCCCUUAGACGACUGGCAAACCCCAAUCUGGCGCGAAUUCUGACUUCCUUUACCAUUACUGAAUACGCGUCGGUCAGGGUUUGUUCCGAUUUUUUUGCCGCCGAACAAUCACUAGAUUUGGCUUUCAGUUCCCAUGAGUUUAAUGGAGGACUCUUCCGAUGGCGAUGGUAA